CACGAAAGUCUGAUAUUCUACAUCUUUUAACAGAUAUGAAGUUAACUGAUGACCCUCCGGUUACUACAAAAGAAUUAAAUGGCUGGUAUUUAUAUAACUUGGCGUGUGAAGUCUAUUAUGUUGCCGCAAUAACAGUUUUCAUUCCAAUAAUAUUGGAAAAUCUCGCAAGCGAGGCUGGAUUCGAGCUUGAUCAUGUGACUCCAUGCAAUACGUCACAAAUAAAUUAUAAAUGCGAUAUAAAGAUUGGCUCGAGCUUUUUUGAUACCGCAAGCUAUUCACUAUAUGUAAUAUCCAUUUCGGUAUUUCUUCAAGCCAUUGUAUAUAUUGCAUUCGGUUCUCUUGCGGAUCACGGAAACUUCCGAAAAAAGUUCUUACUUACUUUUUCAUAUAUUGGCGCGUUUGCAACAAUCGCUUUCAUUUUUGUACCACAUGGGCUUUAUUUGUUUGCUGGAUUUUUAACAAUCAUAUCUAAUGUCUCAUUCGGUGCUGCUUUUGUAUUUUACCUUGCAUAUAUUCCAACGUUUACUCGUGUCCAUCCUCGAGUAAUUGAUGCCAAAAAGGCUGGUAAAUCAUCCAAGGAACUAAAUGAGAUUGAGGAUGAAAUCGCAAAUACCAUAUCUUCUAAUUCUAUAAUUAUUGGUUGUACUGCUGGUGUGCUUAUUCUAAUUCUUUGUGCGGGUGUCAUGUUGUUGAUGAAUGAAAAUUCAUACAGCUAUCAAGUUGGUACUGCGAUUUGUGGUGCCUGGUGGCUUCUCAAUUUGACAUUUCCAUUAUUAUGGUUGCAGGAUCGUGAAAGUCCUCCGUUACCUUCCGAUGGAUUCAACACGAUCGUAUCUGUAGCUAUACUUUUUGGCAAAACGCAGCUCGGUCUUAGUCCACAUCAAUUAUUUAUAGCUGCCAUUAUAAUUCCCACAUGUGCAUUUAUUGGUGUUUAUAUACUUUCAAAAAUUCAACAAUACUUUGAUUUACGAACUAAAACAAUGAUCCUCAUAACAGCAAGUCUUCAUGCGCUGAUUCCAAUAUAUGGUUUAAUUGGUUUUGUGGCUCCUUUCGGCAUCAAGAACCUUUGGGAGGUUUGGAUGUUCGCCGUUUAUUUCGGGUUCUCGUUGGGUGCUAUUCAGAGUUAUUGUCGAGUUUUGUUUGGAAGUAUAGUACCACGUGGUCAUGAGAACGAAUUGUUUUCACUCUAUGAAAUUACUGAUAAGGGUUCAAGUUGGCUAGGUCCAUUGGUAACAGGCUUGAUAAGAGAUUCAACCCACGACCUUCGAUAUUCUUAUUGGUUCUUACUUGUUAUGAUGACAGUACCAAUUUUCAUCAUUUAUACUAUCGAUGUUCAACGGGGUAAAGAUGAUGCUGAAAAUUUUGUAAGAAAAGAAUAUGAGAUACUUGAACAAAAAAAAAUAUCAGCUCCUAAAGACAUAAUUGCAUGA